AUGGAUUUUACAGAAGCUUACUCUGAUCGAUGUUCUGCCGUGGGGCUUGCAGCCAGAGAAGGAAAUGUUAAAUUGCUGAGGAAACUAAUAAAGCAGGGAUACAGCAUAGAUGUUCCAGAUAACAGACGGUGGGUGCCAAUCCAUGAAGCAGCAGCUAACAAUGCCAGUGAAUGCCUGAGGCUGCUAAUUCGUGCAGCUUCAUCUGAUGACUACCUGAAGGCCAGGACACAUGAGGGGUUUUGUGCCCUGCACCUCUCAGCACGCCGCGGCUCCGUGGACAGCAUCCGUGUUCUUCUGGAGGCUGGGGCUAACCCCAACGAGCUUACCAUUGAAGCAACCACCCCACUCUUCAUAGCUGUUGAAAACUGGCGUCCACACGCUGUAAGGUUUCUGCUCCAGCACGGAGCAAGCGUUCAAGGGCCUCAUUGUUGGUCUGGAUGGAAUUCUUUGCACCAAGCUUCCUAUCAGGGAAGCACUGAGAUAAUGCAAAUACUCCUGGAGGAAGGAGCAGACAAAGAAUGUAAGGAUGACUUUGGAAUUACACCUUUGUUUGUUGCUGCUCAGUAUGGAAGGCUGGAGAGUUUAAGACUGCUGGUGUGCCACGGUGCAGAUGUGAACUGCCAGGCCAAGGACAGGGCCACCCCCCUGCUGAUCGCCGCGCAGGAGGGGCACACCGAGUGCGUGGAGCUGCUCUUGGCCACGGGGGCAGACCCCAACCUCUACUGCAACGAGGACUGCUGGCAGCUCCCCAUCCACGCAGCAGCAGAGAUGGGCCACAAGAAGAUAUUAGAGCUGCUGAUACCAGUUACUGACAGGACCUGUGACAGAGGCAAAGGCAAAGUGAGCCCUGUCUAUUCAGCAGUCUAUGGGGGUCAUGAGGAGUGUUUGGCCAUGUUACUCAGAGAAGGCUACAGCCCAGAUGCUCAGGAGUGCCUUAAUUUCAAAUGCAGAUCACCCAUGUGUAUGGUCUUCCAGAAGGAGUAAGUAAACCUCUUACUUUUUGAAGCUAUUCAUAAUUAU